AUGCCAGUAAAUAAAUUCGCUUCAAAAUCGCCAUUUCCAACAAAAAAAAUAAUAGAUUCUUCGUUAUUUUCAAAGUAUCAAAGAAGAGUACAAAAUUUAGGUUUAGCAAAAUAUUUAUCACCUUUUUCAAGAUCUUAUCAUGUUGGUAGUAUAGUUGUAACCGUAGCCGCUGGAGCAUAUAUCGUGUUAUAUGCCGACUUUAAACAAGAUCAUCAUUGUUUUGUGCCUGUACGAAAUUGGUAUCAUCGUAAAAUUAAUGAAUUCUGGACACUUAGCGAUAAGGAGAAACAAGAAUUACGGGAACAAGGAAAAUUAUGA